AUGGGCCUGCCAGACCCACUGGUUAAAAUGGAGCUAGGGGAAGGUAAACAGGAAUUGGACUUUUUGAUUGAUACGGGAGCGACUUUUUCGGUUUUAAAUCAACAACUGGUACCUAAAAGUGAUGAAUUUGUACAAGUUGUGGGAGCAACAGGCCAACCAGAAAAAGCUUACUUUUUGAAACCUAUCAAAUACAAAAUUGGGAAACAAAUGGGAAUUCACCAGUUCCUGUAUUUGCCAAAUUCACCAAAGCCUCUAUUAGGGAGAGAUUUAUUGGAGAACUUGGGAGCCACAAUAAAAUUCAAUAAAGACAGAUUGGAAUUUCAAGUAAACGAUGAACAACUGAUUACAGCCCUAAGCCUAACAAUCAGUUGUGUGGAACCCAAAUCUGAGAACCACAACUUCGAGCGAAUCCUGAGCAAGACUUAUCCAUUAGUAUGGGCUACGGAUAUACCUGGAAAAUCAAAACGAGCGACACCGAUUGUUGUCGAACUUAAGGUCGGGGCAAGACCGGUGGUAAGAAAACAAUACCCUCUGAGGAUAGAAGACAGAAAGGGAAUUGAGCCCAUAAUCAAAAGGUUUCUAGAACUGGGGUUAUUGGUAGAAUGUGAAUCGGAUUUUAAUACACCGAUCUUGCCAGUAAAGAAACCUAAUGGAACAUAUAGGCUCGUUCAGGAUCUGAGGGCAGUAAACGAAAUAACCAAGACAUUACACCCGGUGGUUGCUAAUCCAUAUACGCUUUUAACUAGGCUAAAGGAUAGCCUGGCCUGGUUCACCGUAUUAGAUUUGAAAGACGCAUUCUUCUGCCUUCCCUUAGCCCCCGAGAGUCAAAGGAUUUUUGCCUUUGAGUGGGAAUCAGUAGAUAGGGGGAGAAAGACCCAACUUACCUGGACACGGUUGCCCCAAGGCUGGUCUAACUCGCCCACGAUCUUUGGGAAUCAGUUAGCCAAAGAAUUAGAACAAUGGGAAGGGCCACCGGGAGAUGGCGCCCUCCUGCAGUACGUAGACGACCUCCUAAUAGCGACAGUGACGGAGGAAGAAUGCAUUGAAUGGACUAUUUCCUUGUUGAAUUUCCUGGGUUUAAGUGGAUAUCGAGUCUCUCAACAGAAAGCACAACUGGUGCAAAAGGAAGUGGUGUACCUGGGAUACGAAAUCUCCAGAGGACAGCGAUCCCUGGGAGCAGCCAGGAAAGAGGCCAUCUGCCAGAUGCCCAAACCAGAGACGGUGAGAGACCUGCGCGCCUUUCUGGGGAUGACAGGUUGGUGUCGGCUAUGGAUCUAUCAGUAUGGGAUACUCGCUAAACCACUGUAUGAUUUGCUGAAGGAAACCAAGAAUGUCCUAGUUUGGACUCCCGAGGCGGAAGGGGCCUUCAAGAGGCUGAAGCGGGAGCUGAUGAGAGCACCAGCCUUAGGUCUCCCAGAUGUGUCAAAACCAUUCUGGCUAUUUUCCCAUGAGCGGCAAGGGAUGGCCCUAGGAGUCCUAGCCCAGCAGUUGGGACCACACAAGAGGGCUGUGGCCUACUUCUCCAAGCGAUUGGAUGAAGUAAGUAAAGGAUGGCCAGGCUGUCUGAGGGCAGUGGCCGCAGUGAUAAUUAACAUAGAAGAGGCCAGGAAGCUCACGCUGGGCCAAAAGGUGACUGUGUUAGUAUCCCACACUGUGUCAGCCGUGCUGGAACAGAAAGGCAACCAUUGGUUGUCGCCUUCCAGAUUCUUAAAGUACCAGGCCAUCCUAGCUGAAUCAGAUGAUGUAACCAUUCAGGUAACUAAUAUUGUGAACCCAGCUUCAUUCUUAGAAGGAAGAGCACCGGCAGAACCCAUCGAGCAUGACUGCCUGGAAACAAUUGAAGCCGUCUACUCCAGUCGCCCAGAUCUCAAAGAAGAGCCGUUCGAAGGCGCGGACAACUGGUUUUCGGAUGGCAGCAGCUUCGUGAAGCAAGGGGUAAGAAUGGCUGGCUAUGCAGUCACCACUACAGAAAGGGUAAUUGAGUCAAACCCCCUGCCUGCAGGGACUUCAGCUCAAAAGGCAGAGCUGAUAGCUCUGACCCGAGCCCUGGAAUUAGCAGAGAACAUGCAAAUUAAUAUAUGGACAGACUCUAAAUAUGCCUUUUCUGUCGUACAUGCUCAUGGAGCCAUCUGGAAAGAAAGAGGACUGCUGACUACACAAGGAAAAACAGUCAAACAUGCAGAAGAGGUUCUGCGACUGCUGGAGGCGGUCCAACUCCCAACACAGGUGGCCAUAAUGCAUUGCAAGGGGCAUUUGAAAGGCAAUACUAUUCCAGAAAUAGGGAACAGGAAGGCAGAUACAGAAGCUAAAUUGGCGGCCGCAAGAAAUAAGGAAGCGGAAAUAGCGGCCCUAAUACCAGGGGAGCUGGAUAUCAAUAUCCAGCCAGAUUACCAAGAAUCAGAUUAUAGAUGGAUUCAAAGGAAUAAGGGCAAAAUACUAGAAAAUGGUUGGGGUCAAUUAGAAACAGGACAGUUAGUGAUACCAGGAAACGUGAUGUGGCAGUUUGUGAAGGCAGAACAUGAGAAGGCCCAUUGGGGCCUAGAUUCGCUUUACCAAUAUUUGCAGACCAGAAUAGCAGGACCAAAAUUAUUUACUACUAUAAAACACGUUACGUCCCAGUGUGAACGGUGUCUGAAGAACAACCCGAAUACAGGAACCAAAGUACACCAAGGAGCCAUAAGCCGAGGUAAAUUCCCAGGUGAGAAGGCGGACAAAGCUGCCUUGGACAGCAAAGUCAAUUGCAGCCAGUUUGAAGAGAACAUGGAGGAGCUGGAUGAGAGAAUGCAGGAGUUGCAGAGCCAGAUUUCAGGCCAGGAGCAGCACUGGAACAAUAUGCAGCAGCAGUUCAGCAAUGCAAUUGAAGACAAGCUGGAUCGCCUGGAGCUGAAGACUUUCUGUAAACACCUGGAGGAUUCCUGGAACAGGAACAUGGAGGAAGUCGAGGAUAGGCUGUUGCAUGAAAACGCCGCUGGGAUUAAGAAGUACCCCAAAAAACUCCCGUAUUUGCAGCCGAUGUCCCCUAGCAAGGAGCCACCGCCCAGCCAAAGGAGGCCGCUGGUCUGUGCCAGUGUCCCCCGUAUGCCUCAGAUCUCUGGGGACCAUCAAAGCAGCAGUUUCACGAUGCAGAACAUCAAGGCUUCCCCACAUACAAGUGCACAGCUGCAGCGUCUCCUGGUACACCACAACAAGCCUCGUGUGACCCUGCUGCACGGUGAUGGACACAUCUCGAGGGGCCGUAAUGACCAGCAUCGCACGGCGAUCAGGACACAGGAUGCGUCAGACACGGCCCUGUCGGGGCAAGGGGCCCCCGGGCUGACAGAUCGAGCCCCGGGCCAGGCCCUGAGGCCGCUGCUGCUCCCGCGGCACUUGCGGGGCAGCCCUGAGCUGCCGUCAGCUGCCCCGAAACAGAGCUGGUUUGGGGUUUCCCCACCAGAGCUGGUAUUUCGGAACUUUGUUGCUCGGGAGGUCUCGGAAAUGGUGCUGUCUCUCAUGAAUAAGGACAAGUUUCUUCACGUGGUGAAGGUCUCCAUGGAGAGCUCACCUUACUUCCAGCUGGUGAGCUCCAGCGAUGCGUACCGUGCCGUGCCGCCGGGCGCCUCUGUCCCUGUGCGCAUCCGCUUCACCCCCAGCAAGAACAAGGAUUAUUGCCACGAGCUGGUGUGCCUCACUGGAAGGGAAAGGAUCGUUGUGCCAAUUCGGGCCAUUGGUGCCCGAGCUGUGCUGGACUUCCCUGCCCAGCUGGACUUCUCCAAGUGUCCAGUCAAGGUCAGCACUCAGCAGACUCUGCUGGUGCGCAAUGUCGGUGCCCAGGCAGCUCGGUACCAGCUGGGCACCCAGAGGGGCAGCGUCACUGCACCGAGUUUACACUUCGACCUCGCUGAGCUCGACUUCGGGGACAUCUCCUUUGGCUUUCCCUACACGCAGCGCUGCCGCCUCACCAACAGCUCCGCGGUGCCCCUGACGUUCCAGCUCCGCAUGUCGGACGAUGGCACGCAGCCGGCUGUGGACAGCGUGGAUCAGAUCCGCAGGGACAGCGACCCGGCCUGGAGCAAGGGAAUCCAUUUCCAUGUGGAGCCCAGGGAGUUCACCAUCAAUCCCAGCAGAGGCACCAUCCUCCCCCAGGGACACCAGGACAUCGAGGUGACCCUGUGCUCCAACACGGUGAUGGAGUUCUACCGGAGAUUGCUGGUGGACCUGGAGGGUGUUGGCAAGGGAGUGGCAGCCCUGAUCAUCACAGCCAGGUGUCUCGUUCCUGAGCUCCAAGUGUCCUCCCCAGUGCUGCUGUGUGAUGAGUGCCACCUGAAGGUGCCCUAUGAGAGGAAGAUCCUCAUUAGGAAUCCCAGCCACCUUCCUGGCUGCUACGGGCUUAUUCCCCAGGCCCUGGGCACUCAUCGCACCGACCUUCUCAUCGGCGUGUUCGGGGAUGAGAGGAACCCCCUGUGGCUCACUGGCAUUCACGCAAGGAGGUUCGAAGCCAUUCCUCAAGUGUUACCGAUGCGGCAACGAAGGACACACACGCCGAACGUGCCGAGCGACUGGCGUAUGGUGUCAACACUGCCGAUCCAGCUCCCACAACACUACGGCUUGUAG